AUGCCCGUGCAGGAGAUGGCGGUGAGUCCUGUCAAGUCCCUGUACUGGGAGCAGUUCCCGCCCAUGACGCAGCGCCGGGUGUACUGCACUCCGGUCUACCAUGACGGCCUGCUGUACGUGCUCGGGGGCUGCAGCGAGACCGGCAUGCCGCUGGACAGCGCCGAGGUCCUGGACGUGGAGAGCCAGACGUGGAGCCAGCUACCCCCGCUGCCUGCGGCCCGGGCCGGGGCCUCGGCCGUGUCGCUGGGGGGCCAGGUGAUGGUGCUGGGGGGCAUGGACCACCAGCAGAGCCCGCUGGCCUCGGUGGAGGUGUACCACCCUGAUGAGGGCAAGUGGGAAACGAGGGCCAGCCUAGGGCAGCCGUCUAUGGGCGUCACCGCUGUUGAGAAAGAUGGGAAGGUGUAUGCGUUGGGGGGUAUGGGAGCAGACACCACGCCCCAGGCUCUGGUCAGAGUCUAUGAAGCCGAGAAAGACCAAUGGCAGCCGCUGACCUCCAUGCCCACGCCGCGGUACGGAGCCACGCCCUUCCUGAAAGGAAACAAAAUCUACGUGAUGGGUGGUCGUCAGGGAAAGAUGCCAGUGACGGCGCUGGAAGCCUUUGACUUGGAGGUGAAGAGCUGGACGCGCUACCCCUGCAUCCCCAGCCGAAGGGCCUUUUCCUGCUGCGCCGCCACCGAGCGGAGCUUCUUCAGCCUGGGGGGCCUCCAACAACCGGGGCCCCAUAACUUCUACUCCAGACCCCACUUUGUCAGCACUGUGGAGGAGUAUGAUCUGGAUCAGGGUAGGUGGUGA